CGGAAGAGGUCGUCGUGUGUUUUGGUUCUAAGGGGAAGUUGCGACGAGAAGAAAGAAAGGAGGAGACGUGACGGGAUUGUUGAAACUGUUUUUCUCGGCUCCCCAUACCAUCCCUACGCAAAAGCCCCGGAUACCGUGUGUAUACACACCAAAGCGGUGGGAGUAAAAGUUUCCCCAUCGCCUGGCUCUCAGGUAGCGGACACGUCGCUGUUAGCUGCUGCUGCCUCGCUGUAUUUAGCGCUAACGGUUGCUCUGCUGUGCCUCCGUUAGCUGACUUCGGCUAAAGUCUGACCCUUGACAAUCAGACGCCCAGGUCGUGAAGUUUGGCCCAGAGGAUAGCACAGAAUCUGAUAAGGCCAUGGCAAACAGAGGAGGAGCUACAAGACCCAAUGGACCCAACGCAGGGAACAAGAUCUGUCAGUUUAAGCUGGUGCUGUUGGGGGAAUCAGCCGUUGGGAAGUCCAGCUUAGUGCUUCGCUUCGUCAAAGGCCAGUUCCAUGAAUUUCAGGAAAGCACAAUAGGAGCGGCUUUUCUCACCCAGACCGUGUGUCUAGAUGACACAACAGUGAAGUUUGAAAUCUGGGACACUGCAGGUCAAGAGCGGUACCACAGUUUGGCACCCAUGUAUUACAGGGGAGCACAAGCUGCCAUUGUGGUCUAUGACAUCACAAACGAGGAGUCCUUUGCACGGGCGAAGAACUGGGUGAAGGAGCUACAGAGACAAGCUAGUCCUAAUAUAGUCAUCGCCCUGUCAGGAAAUAAAGCCGACUUGGCCAGCAAGAGAGCUGUGGAUUUCCAGGAUGCUCAGUCAUACGCAGAUGACAACAGCCUACUUUUUAUGGAGACAUCAGCCAAGACAUCAAUGAAUGUGAAUGAGAUAUUUAUGGCUAUUGCAAAGAAAUUGCCAAAAAAUGAACCUCAAGCUCCAGGAGUCAACAGUGGCCGGACCCGAGGCGUUGACCUGACAGAAGCUGCUCAGCCAGCCAAGGCUCCAUGCUGCGCUACCUAAAGAUGAAGAGCACAGUUUUCCCUCCCUGACCUGUAAACUAGUAACUAAUGUGGCUGACGCCCCAGAUGCCACUGCAGCUACUAAUGCAACAUGUCCCCCUUUGUUUGAAACAGAAACAGAUGCCCUGUAACUUCAUCACACUUAUUUUUGUAUCACAGUAGCCAAGUCAUCAAUGCCUUUUAGGGCUCUGCCUCUUCCAUUAGGGUUCUGUUGGUACCUGAAGAAGCCUCCCGACCACUCUGCUUUUUUUCUCUUUUUUUUAAAUGCAUCCAGUUGAUUAGGUCAGCAGUUAACAUUGAUGUGUCUGUGAUGAAGGCUUAGCUUCCCUUUUCCGGGGACUGCUGCUUUAUUCACACCGUUCUUCUGAUUUCUACCAUCCUUUCAUGUCAAGAACUUUAACGUUCAGAUCGAUCAUCUUUGGUUGAUUUGUGUUAGUUAUCGUUUGCUAUAUUUUGUUUAAACUACAGAUGCACAUUCCUGUGUAUUUAAGUGGAUAAAGAGCACAAAUAGAGACAAGUUGCAGACAUAGAGCCAUUACUUACGGCUCUAAGAAAAGAAGCAAUGGUUAUUAAAAAGUCAAAGAGGAACCCUGAGAUCUGUGUACCUACCCUGUCAUCAGGACCUUUUAUUUAAAGUUUAAAAGACAUUUUUAAACUUUUAAUCUCCCUCAAGCCACUAGCUUUCGCUUGUGGUACUGUAGUCUUCUCUAAGCAACUGUGCCUGCUUUUUUUUGUGUCCAUAUUGGCUUUUUUUCAUGUUUUGCUGUAUUGCUCAAUGAUUUGAGUGUUUGCAAUUAGUAUUGCACCACAGCAAAAAAAAGCCCACUCUCUCCUCCAAUCAAGACACAGAGGCCUCUAAGGUACACAUCAGCAGCCGCUCAUCUCUUCCAUGUUUCAUCCAUUCAUUAAUCCCCUGUUGACCAUCCCUUUCUGUUCAAACUUGGGUUGGAGGAUUCAGUUUAUGCAAAUACUUUGCUUUUCCCAUUAUUUCAGUGUUGCUUGACCGCUGCAGGGUUUGCACAGGGUAAAAAAAAAAACAACAAAAAAACAAAGGUGGUGGUUGUAAGUGGGACGCUGCAAUAUGUGAGGUCUCUUCAUGUUUAUAGUGGAAUUCUAAUUAUUUCACGUUUCGAUUAGGAAGUGCUUUAGACACAUCGGUGUGUCCGUGUAUUCAAACUUUUCUUGGACUGGCUGGCUGGUGACUGAUUUCAUCUGUAGACUUAGAGUCACAUGCACAUUACACACGUUUGCACAAUGGAGCACACAUUCACUGAAAAACAGCAGAUCAGCUCCCAGGCAGUCUGUUACACCUCAUCCACAUCACUGUUAAGCACAUUUCUUUUUUGUCUUUUUUUUUUCUAUGUCCCCACAUGUUACAUUCACAUAUUGACACACGUUACUUAUAUAGACUUUUUUUACCGGUCUGUCUUUCUCAUGCCUUGCACUAAUGAUGCUUAUGAAUUUAUGUUGUCAUAAUCUCAGUCAGUGUGUUAUAAAUAUAUACAUAAUAUAAAUAUAUAAAUAAUAUACUGUAAAUAUGGUGUCGCGGUGUAGUCUACUUUUUUCCUGUUUUUUCUAGUGACUAAUGCUUGCUAUGGAGUUAUUAAAAAUAAUUAUUAGGGGUAAAACAAAACAAAAAAACUGUACAGAUGGCAAGAACACAGCUACAGUUUUGUUUGGAGUUUUGCUGUUUUCACAAAAAUGGUUAAAUUAUAAUCAGUGGUGGUCUAUAUUAAUGUAUGUAGUGGUAUUAACUAAAGGUAAAAGUAAAAUUGCAUUUAUUUACACAUCUAAAAUGUUAUACCCAAGCAUAUUAGAUUCAGACUUGUUUUUUUUUUUUUUUUAUGACCUUUGUGUUGCCUUUCUUUUGUUGUAUUUAUGUCCUCGGUAAACCUGAGCGAUGCAGUGGUGGGAAAGUUUCCCUUAGUUUUGAUAAAUGACGAUCUGACCAUCCACAUCUCAGCUAGCAUUUUUACAGUACUGCAGGAUUGAUAGAAUAGAGGUCAGGUAAUCUAAUAGGGAUUUAAAUUGUAUCUUUUCUUUUUUUUUUUUCCUGUCAGCACUUCUUUGCAAAAGAACACAUUUAAAUGCAACCAUUUUACAGUCCUGUUAUGACAAAGUACAUUCUGAAAUAAAUUUGAUCAUUUAUCAUUGUA